AUGCCUCAGAACGAUCAAAUGACAAAGGACGAUGCUUCUCGCAUCCAAUCCUCCGAGGCCAAGUCCGGCAACGAUCCAGGUUUCGCAGCUCGAGCUCAGUCCGCAGCUGACAGAGGUGCGAAUGCUGCUUCCAACAACUCCGGUGGAAACAGCAACUCGGGUGCCAAGAAGAAUUGA